CCAACGAACAAGGCUAUCUCUUAUUAGAAUACUUAAUUUUAUAACUUAAUUUAAUACUCAAUUGAAUACUUAAUUUAAUAACAUUAUUUUAAGUGUAACAUUUUAAAAUUUAAACAUAUUUUUAGUGUUGAAUUUUUAAAUAAAUUAAAUAAAAACGUUCUUACCAAAGACGCUUAAAUAAUACAACAAUACUUACAAUCAAGAAAAAAUUCCAAAUAUAUUCACAAUGAAAUUAUUACCAACUUUAAUAAUGAUGGCCGUAUUAGGCUUGAUUUAUGCUGAAUCGACCGAAAAAACAUUCAACCAACCAAAUAUUGUUAUCAUUAUGGCUGAUGAUUUGGGAAUCGAUGAUGUCAGUUUCCAUGGUAAAAAACAACACAUAACACCUAACAUGGAUGCACUAGCUUACCAUGGAAUGAUAUUACAACAUCACUACACUCCACCCAUUUGCACUCCAUCGCGAUCAGCGUUUAUGACUGGCAAAUAUCCCAUCCAUACUGCAACUCAACAUUUUGUAAUUAGCAAUGAACAACCUUGGGGUCUUCCUGUGAAUAUCACAACAAUAGCUGAAGUAUUUAAAGAUGGUGGCUAUUCAACAAAUUUAGUUGGUAAAUGGCAUUUGGGAUUGGCUGAAAAAGAAUACUUUCCAACUGAACGUGGUUUUGAUUACCAUUAUGGUUAUUUAGGUGGUUAUAUUGAUUAUUAUAAUCGAAUGGCUUUGAUGCCGAUUCCAGGUACAAAUAUUGGAUAUGAUUUUCGAAGAAAUUUAAAUAUUGAAUGUGGAGCUCAGAAUACUUAUGUGACAGAUCUUUUAACAACUGAAGCUGAAAAUGUUAUUAAAGCUCAUGAUACAGAGAAACCAUUAUUUUUGUUGGUAAAUCAUCUAGCACCACAUACUGGGAAUGAGGAUGAACCUCUUCAGGCUCCAAAGGAAGAAAUUGAAAAGUUCAAUUAUAUUGAAGAUGAAAAUAGAAGAAUCUAUGCAGCAAUGAUCUCUAAGCUUGAUGAUAGCAUCGGAAAUAUAACCAAAGCUCUUGACGAUAAAGGAAUAUUAGAUAACACAAUUUUGAUCUUCUAUGCUGACAAUGGAGCUCCAUCGUUAGGUUUCUUUGCAAAUACUGGCUCCAACUAUCCAUUCCGUGGGCAAAAAAAUACUCCAUGGGAAGGUGGUGUUCGUGUAGCUGGUGCAAUUUGGAGUCCACUUUUACAAAAUCCAAAAUCAGUAUUCGAUCAACACAUGUACGUUGCCGAUUGGUUGCCAACUUUAGCCACUGCAGCUGGUAUUGAAAUCGAUCCAUUACUCGAAUUAGACGGUAUUGAUCUUUGGGAUAAUUUGGUAUCUGGGAAAAAAGAACCUUCCGGUCGUGAAAUUGUCCACAUGCUAGAUGACAUAGAUAAUGUUGUUUCAAUAAUGAGCAAUGGGUUCAAAUACGUGAAAGGAACAACUAUUGCUGGGAAAUAUGAUACUGUUUUAAUGGGUCGACAAAAAGAACAAGAUCCAAGAGAUAUUAAUUAUGCCACAACGAUUCUUAACUCAACUACCAGUAAAGUCCUAGCAAAAUAUGAUAAAACUCCAUUAACAGAAAAUGAAAUUAAUAAUUUACGUACAUUGGGUGAAAUAAAAUGUGCAAAUCCAAAGGUUAAAAAUAGUUGUAAUCCUUUGAUUGAGGAGUGCCUUUACAACAUCAACGAGGAUCCAUGUGAAGAAAAUAAUUUAGCUAGAGACGAUAGUUUUAAGUCUGUGUUACAGGAUAUGAGAGAUAUUACCGAAGAACAACGUGCAACUGCUCGGAAGCCUGCAAAUAUGAAAGGUCUAAGUUGGGCUGAUCCCAGUGUACAUGAUUGCACUUGGACUAAUUUCUUACAAGUACCACAAAAACGAAAAAUUAGUAAUUGCUCAUAUAGAAGAAAACCAUGUCCAGCUGUACUAGAUUCUUAGAUUAAGUAAUUUAUAUUUUAUGUUUAAUAUUUUUAUGACAUGUGUGACGAAGUAGAGUAAAUUAUGAAUUUUUCGGUUUGAUAUUUUAAUUUUUUAACUAUUUAUGUAUUUAUUCAGGCUUUUUUUGAAGACUUAUGUUUUUGAC